UCCGGGCUGGAGCUGACCCGGGUCUCGGUAGUUCUAGCCGGUUCCGAAGGCUCCCGGAACCGAUCCUCGUGCCGAGACGAAGUUUGAGACUGGGGCGCAUACUUCAGGCGCGUGCCCCGGCGGAGAAGUCUCAGUAUUUGGACCGUCCGGGUGUUCGCGGACUCCGACCCGGUCCACGGAAAGACCGAGGAUGAGCUUCCUACUGUUCCUGAUCUGCCUCGCGCGCAUACCUGGUUCAGCCCCCCUCGACCUGCCGGCUCCUGUUAACGUGUCCGUCGUCUCCAUCAACUUCGCCCCGACGCUCCAGUGGGAUCCGGGGCCCGGCACUCCUGCAGGGACUCUGUACAGAGUUUCAAAGAGGACCAACAAUAAAAAAUUCAAGCUGCUGGAUCGUCUCACCAAUGCAACGUCCAUGGUGCUGAAGCUGAACGCCUCCAACAUGUUUCAGUUCAGGGUCUGGGCGACCUUCAACGGCAGCGAAUCAAAAAAGACCGAGGUGGAAUUUGAUCCAUACACUGACAAUGUAGUCGGUCCUCUGAACCUGUCCCUCUCCGGAUGCGGUUCCUGCCUCCGGGUCAACAUCUCUCUUCCUGAAGCGGACAGACACUCCGGCGUCCCUGACAUCCAGAAGUUGUAUGAUUCUUCUUUCAAAGUCUUCUGGAGAAAAGGAUCACAAGGCAAAGUGGAGGAGCUGAGCACUAAAAACAAGAGUUUCACUUUAUCCAACCUGGAGAAAGGCGUGGAGUACUGCGUGCAGGCGGACAUGUCCGGUCAGAACCCUAAAAAGACCAUCCCGUCUGCGUGGAGCUGCGCCUUCACCAGCCCUGCAGAACCCAGAACAGGUGCUGCUGCUGUGGUCACUUCUCUAAUCCUCCUCUUCAUCCUCUCCAUGAUGGUCCUGUCGGGUCUCUUCUAUACCGGGUUCCUGUGUGAGCUGAAGGCCACCAGGCCCAGAGCUCUGAUGACCCCCCCGGCCAAAGUUCCCAUCUUCACCCCGGACGAGACCCUUCUGGACCCCGUCUCCAUCACUCCUGCUGGCAUGACGAAGCAGAUUCAGCUCCUCGGGGCGAGUCUCACGUCCUCAGAGGAUGAGGAAGAGGAGGCUGUGGUGCCGUUGUACAUAGACAGAAUUCCAGAACUUUCCUCCAGAGAAAGCUCCGGUCUGGAAUCCCGUGGUGGGAGCGGGGAGGGGCAGGAGGCUGCGGAAAAUGUCUUCAAGAGUUUGAACGCACCUGCAGAGGAAGAGGAGGUUCAUGAAGGUGAUGAAGAUGGCACAGAAGCAGACGAAGAGGAGGGAGGAAUCACGGAGAACAGCAGUCAGACUGGAGUCCAGGGAGAGGAGGAGAGGAUCCCGGAGAUCUCCUCCAACGUGAAUCUCGUUUCGGUCAUGCUGGCCUCGCUCGCUGCAGGUGAUGAAGACGAGGAAGAAGAGCAUAAGGACUUCCUGAAGCAUUUACGCCAAGCCGGCUCUCGGACGCCAUCAGAAGAUGAAGUCUGUGAGCUGCUGCUGCAGCCAGCAGACGAGGUGGAGGACAGCCGUGCACUCGGCGCCAUGCAGAGCGAGGAAGAGGAGGAGGAAGAGUUCUCAGAGUAUCUGAGACACGGACGACAAACGGUCUGUCCUUCAUCGGUGCAGGUUUUCUUUUCAUAAAAGGAAAUAUUCCUGCAGCCCCAGAAUCUCAGGAAGACGACGACACAAACGCACACAAACGCACAGAAACGCACAACAACGUGCAACACUUCGAUGUGCUCCGUGCAUUUCUCAAAGCUGUCGCAGUAAAAGUACAGAACUCUGAAGGUCCAUGAACGCAUCAGCAGAGCCUUGGCUCCACACGUUUACGCCUAUGUUUGAAGAAUCCAGGAUUGUGGAGACGUCUGCAGGUGGACUCAGGUACGGGGGUGCUGGCGCCUGGAAAAUAGUCAGAGGACCAGCAGGACCAGCAGAACGUCCACUUCUCCUCUUCAGAUGUUCCUCUAUCCAGAGAGGGGCUUAUUUUAGAAAAUACUGCCCCCGUGUGGGUAACUGUGGGAAGUGACUGUCUGGUUAUCUGUUAAAGUUCAGUAUAGAAGCAGAAACCGUGAUACCGGUUCUGCCAAAUCCAUCUCAGUCCUAUGGACUUCUGUAAAUAAAGGUUUUCAAUGCUUCUGA